CGUAGAUCUGCGUCACUUCCGCUCCAGUUCAGGGGUCCACGUUCUAAGAUACAGCGGCUCAGAACUUUAUGAAGCGAAACGUAUCCGCUUUGUUCAGUGCGAGGGGAAAGAUGAAGCGGAAUGUCCUACCUUUACCCUUCACCUAAACGAUGUGCAUUACAGACUACCACUACGUUCUGAAUUAAUAUUAUGUUCUGACGGUGCAACUGUCCUAUCUCGCAUACCACAGACGGCAGGAGACCCUAUUUACGAACACUCAGGUUCCUUUAGAGACAAUACGACAUGCAGACGUUUCAGAGAACAUUCAAAACAUCACACUUUAGAUCAAAUGUAUUUUUAAUAAUCCUAAUAGUACUAGAAACACCAUGCUUCAAGUCUCAUGCAAUACAAGCAUCGAGACUCUUCUGUCCUGGCCAGAGGACUGAACUUCCGCUGGCUGUUUGGAAACCAGAGUACCUUGAGGUAUUCAAACGCAGGCUAAAGACGUGUAAUAUUUCUGUAAUAUUUGUGUAAUAUUUAAGUGACCAUUGAUCCUGCACCUAUGAAAUUUCAUACCACUGUUGAGGAACUGACUAAAAAUCUUUGUGUAUAAUACUGUGUAUGCUUAUCGUAUUUUGUUAACCUAUAUAUAAAAUCUUGCUUGUGUUAUCUUGUUCAUCUGGUGUCUGAUUUCCCUCUACUGAUUUAUAAUGUGAACCUUCUGAGGCAGUUGUCUGGAAGGUAAAACUACAAUUCCCAUCCUGUGAUGAUUAAUAAAAUGGGACAGAAACAUAACACAGAUUACCGGGGAUAGAAAGCCCAUCAAGCACUGCGGUUCUAACGAAAGCGAAGCAGAAAGCAUUGCCAACGGCUCCUAUUGGACUGACAGCGAGGCUUCUGUUGUGACCUACUUCCUCACAGCCACGAUGGACAAGCGCGUAGAUGACGUUAUGAGGUUGUGCUGUGAGGUGUCGGCCAACCGGCAGAUGAAGGCGGCGGUGAAGAACUCUGGGAAAGGCGCAGCCGUUGCUGGAGGAGGUGCAUUUGUAGGGGGUCUUCUGGCAGGCCCACCUGGGAUAGCUCUAGGUGGUGCUCUCGGGGGUCUCCUGGGGUGCUGGAUGACCAGUGGCCAGUUUAAACCCGUCCCUCAGAUCAUAGUGGAGUUGCCACCUCAGCAGCGGGACAAGCUGUUCUCUGAGGUCAUGGCAGUGUUGGGGACGCUGGACUGGAUGGACGUCGCUCAGCUUGUCAUGCUGGUGACCGCCAAUGCGAGUCUCCAGCAGAAGGUCGCCGCUGCUGUCCUCAGCUACGUCACCAAGGAGCUGCGAGCUGAGGUGCAGUAUGGGGACUGAUCACAAGAGGGAGACUGGGAACUGCCUAAAUGAGGUUCUUUUAAAUCUAAAAGCUAAUUUGAGCUCUGUGCCUUACCGGUUUGUUUUAUAAGAUGCUUAACUGGGUGUUUUAGAGUCACAUGUAAAGAUGAAGAGUGCGUGCCACUGUUUGAUCUAAAAAUGGGUGUUUUUCUACACCCCUCAAAAGGUUAUAUAUAUUUUUUGAACGUGACUGGUACUCAUACACCAACGGUAAAUUUUAUUUAUUUACACAGAAGCAUUUUAAAUUUUUGUUUCAGACGAAUUGUGUUGUUUUGUGCUCAGGUAUGGUGUUUUAUAUUAUAAGAAUAGCAAAAAAGAUUUAUGGGAAAUUAUAAUACUUGAAUUUAUGAAAUAAAAAAUGUAAUCAUUAUAUUAUCAAA